AUGUGGAAUGAUGUGGAACAAGAAGAAAUUCAAAUUUUGCAGGAAUUCUCUUGGUUACUUGCAUUUUUGGUUCGAAUGCUGAUGCAAGGGACAGGGUUUGUAGGUAGGUUGUGUUCAAAGCACGACUUGCAUGGGCAGUAUGAACAUGUGUUGCGUGUGACGACAGCGAUGAUGCUUCCCUGGCGUGCUAUGCGGCUGAAGUUGACACAUGAGGAUGCGCCGAAGCACAAGUCGCUCGUGACAUCUGUUGGCUGGUACAAGACAGGCAAGCAGUAUGAGCUUAUCUCUGCGGGGGAUGAUCAGGAAAUAUGGAAAUGGCAUGUUGAAGGUUCGCCGAUUGCGAAGCUUUGCAGCUGUGAGUCCUACUGCACGGCCAUGGCUUGGAUGCCGAGUGGCAAAGGUUCAGACAAUGCCUUUGCUUUGGGCUGUGCAGAUGGUACCUUUCGACUCAUUAGUGAAAUGGGUCGAGAAGAAAAGAAGGUGGAUGCACAUCGAGGUGCUGUGAUUUCCCUUAGAUGGAGCUUUGAUGGUUCGGCCAUCGCAACAGCUGGGGAGGACGGGAUUGUGAAGGUAUGGUCUCGAAGUGGCAUGCUACGAUCGGCGCUCGCACAGCAGUCUCAUGCAAUCUACUCCGUUGUCUGGUCUCCAGACUGUGAGCACAUCCUUUUUGCUUGCAGUUCCAAGAUCCACCUGAAGUCCAUCCAGGCUCACGAUGGAGUCGUGAUGAUGCUUGACUGGUCCUUUGUCAACAACACGAUCCUUUCCGCCGGUGAAGAUUGCCGGUACAAGAUUUGGGAUGCCUAUGGGCGCCUUCUCUUUAAUUCAGCACCUCUUGAUCACGUUGUGACCUCCAUUGCUUGGUCCCCAACAGGCCGGCAUUUUGCCGUUGGAAGCUUCAAUACCUUGAAGCUUUGUGACCGAACCGGUUGGUCCUACUGCAGAGAGACGCCAGACGUGGGGUCAAUCUUUUCGAUCUCGUGGUGCAACGACGGCACACAACUGGCCUGCGGCACUGGUAGCGGGCAUGUGGUCUUCGGAAGCCUAGUGGCCAGAAGCUCAUGGGACGCCUCGGCAGUCAUGGCUUCUCUUCCAAGUUUCAAAUCUACUGCUGGACCGGACACGAGAAACUCUACUAUAUUGUUUCUGGAUUGUAAACUUGACUUGAGAUUGACUGCAUUAAACCAGGCCAUUCAGACAGUCACACACUUUGGUAAACUCCAUAAUGGAGAGGGUGAAAUGAGAUGA